AUGUUACAAGAUGGUGGUAUAAAGGCCCUGCUGAAUCUGCCUGGGUCAUCGAUACCAACAAGGGCAUUGCUGAUUGCGUUGAUUAUUCGUCACUGUAUUGACGAUGAGACGGCAUUGAGUCAAAUAUUCGAGAAAACAAUCCGAACGGUCGCAGCUGGAGGUUAUAAUCUGAGGACGUCAUCGUCGAGAUGGCAUCAUAGAAUGCCUCGAAGUACGCGUGAUUGGAUGCACGCAAUGCGUGCUCUGGCACCGCUCUGUGCACGUCAUCCACAGCUGUUUUAUACGACAGUGAAACGAGUUGCACGUAAACAAAAUUCACAGAUCACAGCCGUACCAGCAGCGCCCAGUAGUGAAACGGUUACACCGAAACUAUCGCAUUCAGCAUCUGCUAGAAAGGUGAGCGAGUUCAGGAUUAUAGUUAUUAUAGUAGUCACGUCAAUAGCAAUUUGGUCACAAUCAGUGGAUGCUUUAAAUGCAGUCUUCGGUUCGGAGUUGUCGUGUUCAUUUAGCAAACAGUGUUAA